GAGCUGCUUGAGUGGUGAGCACAAGCUGGGCACCUCCAGCGUCUCCAGGAAACGUGAACAGGCCCUUUCUUCGGAGGGUACAGAACUUCAGGAUCAGGGCCCAAUGGAGACUGAACUGACUUAACCCUAACUGCGCACAGGACCGCGCUCUCCGACCCCUUUGUGGCCUCUUCCAGAGGUAUGGGCGCGGCGCCCCAAGCCGGGAGCCUCUCGUGGGGCCUGCAGCCGGCAGCCACUGGAGCAGGAGGAGGAGAGAAGGGACUCGCUGGACCGUCACAAUCGCUGUCGCGCGUGCGCAAGGAGGAACCGAGUUCGCGGCGAAGUCAGUUUCCUGACUCUUAGAGGAAGUGGCCUUGUGUCACUUCCGGCCUCCCUUUAGCUGCCAUCUUGCGUCCCCGCGUGUGUGCGCCUAAUCUCAGCUUGUCCACCUGAGACCCCUUGAGCACCAACCCUAGUCCCCCGCGCGGCCCCUUAUUCGCUCCGACAAGAUGAAAGAAACAAUCAUGAACCAAGAAAAACUCGCCAAACUGCAGGCACAAGUGCGCAUUGGUGGGAAAGGAACUGCUCGCAGAAAGAAGAAGGUGGUUCAUAGAACAGCCACAGCGGAUGAUAAAAAACUUCAGUUCUCCUUAAAGAAGUUAGGGGUAAACAAUAUCUCUGGUAUUGAAGAGGUGAAUAUGUUUACAAACCAAGGAACAGUGAUCCACUUUAACAACCCUAAAGUUCAGGCAUCUCUGGCAGCGAACACUUUCACCAUUACAGGCCAUGCUGAGACGAAGCAGCUGACAGAAAUGCUACCCAGCAUCUUAAACCAGCUUGGUGCAGAUAGUCUGACUAGUUUAAGGAGACUGGCUGAAGCUCUGCCCAAACAAUCUGUGGAUGGAAAAGCACCACUUGCUACUGGAGAGGAUGAUGAUGAUGAAGUUCCAGAUCUUGUGGAGAAUUUUGAUGAGGCUUCCAAGAAUGAGGGAAACUGAAUUGAGUCAACUUUUGAAGAUAAAACUUGAAGAAGUUACUGGGAGCUGCUAUUUUAUAUUAUGACUGCUUUUUAAGAAAUUUUUGUUUAUGGAUCUGAUAAAAUCUAGAUCUCUAAUAUUUUUAAGCCCAAGCCCCUUGGACAUUGCAGCUCUUUUCAGUUUUUGCUUAUACACAAUUCAUUCUUUGCAGCUAAUUAAGAUGAAGAAGCCUGGGAAUCAAGUUUGAAACAAACGUUAAUAAAGUUCUUUGCCUAGUA